AUGAAGUUUGAGAUUUGUUUGCUCCUGGGGGCGCUAGUGGCGUUGGGGAGUUGCGAGGAGUCGGGAGCCGAGAAAAAGACGGAGAAGCGGGGUAUUCAUUACGGGGACUACGGGCACCACCAGCACGAGCACCAUGAGCACGUCAAGACGGUCGAGGUGAUCAAGAAAGUGCCCGUGCCGGUCGAGCACAUCAAACACGUACCCUACGAUGUCAUCAAGCACGUUCCCGUCGAAGUCAAAGUACCGGUGCCCCAGCCUUACACGGUUGAAAAGCACGUCCCCUAUCCCGUGAAAGUUUUCGUCAAAGUACCAGUACAUGUGCCACAACCGUACGUCGUCGAGAAAAAAAUACCGUACGAGGUCAAAGUCCCUGUAGACAAACCAUACGUAGAAAAAGUACUUGUCCCCAAGCCCUAUGAGGUCAUCAAGCAUAUACCGGUCGAGGUGAAAGUACCUGUUCCGCAGCCUUACACCGUCGAAAAGCACGUGCCGUACCCAGUGAAAGUGAAGGUCCCAGUUCCGCAACCAUACGACGUGAUCAAGCACGUCCCUGUCGAAGUCAAAGUUGACAAACCAGUGCCCUACCCAGUCCCGGUCCCUAAGCCGUACCCCGUCGUUAAACAUGUUCCACAGCCUUACACCGUCGAAAAGCAUGUGCCGUAUGAAGUCAAGGUACCUGUUGAAAAGAAGUACACCGUUGAAGUACCAAAACCAUACCCCGUUGAAAUCAAGGUACCAGUCCCGAAGCCAUACACGGUUUACGAGCAUAAGGAAGUUAUCGUCGAGAAAAAGGUCCCCGUCGAAGUGAAGCAUUACGUUGACAGGCCGUACUACGUAGAAAAGGAAGUUCCCGUUCCAGUGGAAAAGGAGGUUCCCUACGCGGUGCCGUACCCAGUCCACGUGCCCAUCAAGCACGAGCACCACCACGAGCACCACGCGGAGGGCGGCUUCGAGCCCAGCUACGGCCACUACGAGCACCACCACUAG